UUGAUUUCAUUGUUAGUUAUAGUCUCAAAAUACUACAUCACCUUUGAAAACGGAUAUCAUAUUAGCUAUUUUUGUAUUUUCUAGAACAUUAUAAGCGUGGUGAAUGUUUAGGGUACGUGAUUCCCUGAAAUCUCAUUGAUUUUUUGCAAUGAAAUACCUGAUUUAGUGUGCUAACUCGAGUUCAAAUUAAAUUAAAAAAAAAUGAGCAAACAUACGACGUAUUCCACUGCAAAUUUGAGUGACAAAGAGCUGAAAGAACAAGGAAAUAGAUUAUUUACCUUACGGAAAUUUGAGGAUGCUAUGAAUUGUUAUACCAAAGCAAUCAUAAAAAAUCCGUCAGUCGCUACAUAUUUCACGAAUCGUGCACUAUGUCAGUUGAAAAUGAAGAAGUGGGAAUCUACAUGCCAAGAUUGUCGACGCGCUUUAGACCUGGAUAACAAUCAAGUCAAGGGCCACUUCUUUUUAGGACAAGCUCUGGUUGAACUUGAGUGCUAUGAUGAGGCCAUCAAACAUCUUCACAGAGCUAGUGACUUAGCCCGUGAGCAAAAAUUGAAUUUUGGAGAUGACAUAGCUGCACAAAUUCGGAUAGCCCGAAAAAAGAGAUGGAAUGUGCAAGAGGAAAAGAGAAUAUCACAGGAAAUUGAAUUGCAAACAUAUUUAAAUAGAUUAAUCAGCGAAGAUAUGCAGCGCAGAAUAGAAACAAUAAAGGUAGAAAAUGUUAGCGAAGAAGAUGCUAACAACAAGAUAUCAAAAGUGGAGGAAGAAUGUAAUAACUACAGCAGUGAGUUGAAUAACCUUUUCUCGAAGAUUGACGACCGAAGGAGGAAGCGCGACGUGCCUGAUUACCUCUGCGGCAAAAUAAGUUUUGAAAUUCUCAACGAGCCCGUGAUAACACCAAGUGGCAUCACAUACGAGAGGAAGGACAUUGAAGAACAUCUUGAGCGUGUCGGCCAUUUUGAUCCCGUAACUAGAGUGAAGUUAACAGCAGACCAACUCAUCCCGAACUUCACAAUGAAGGAGGUAAUCGACGCAUUCCUGCAGGAGAAUGAGUGGGCACUCGACUACUAAUCGAUUUGUUAUUCGAUACUUCACUCGUGAAUUCACUCGAUUCUACUUUAUCGAUUAUUAAUUAUUAAUAUAGUAUCUGAUUAGAUUGAAGUAUGCCAACGCAAAAUCAAUACGGCGUUAUUUCACUUUAACAAUCGCGAAAAAACAAUGUUAUUUUUUUAUUUGUGAUUUCUAGAUGUAAAAUACAUAAUUUUUAUUUCAUUUAGAUCGAUAGCUGCUUACCUAUCUUAUCUAUGUAAUGAUUAUCAUUUGACAAUACUGUAGCAGGAGGUACCUUGUAUUUUAUUUACCAUAACAUCAUAUAAUAUGUAUUUUAAUUCUCUUCCCAUAUAGGAUACACAUUGUAGUACACUAAGUACGUUUAAUAAAUAUACAAACAGAGUUAAUAAUAAUAAAAUCAGCUGUUUCUUCUAAUUAAGAAUUAAAUAAUAUAAUAGAUUAUAUUUAAGUUUAUAAAAUUAAAGUUGUCUUUGUGUUUGUAUAAAUUGAUAUAUGAAAGAAAGUAUUUUUUCUAAUUUAAUUACUUAUAAUAAUAAGAAAUAUCUUGCCAUUUCCUCUAUGUCCUUCUUAAAAUAUUAUCAAUAAAUGAUUCGCUUAUGUCGUGAAUUGCAUUUGAAAUAAGCAGCAAUAAAAAGUCAAUUUAAAUGACUUUCUUAUAGCACAGUCACUAACCAUAGUGAUACUAAACUGUGCUAUCCCGGGUUCGAAUCCCAAAUAUUUAAGUGAGGAUUUUGAAUGCGACUUAUGGAUAUUUACUAUACAGCCACAUUAUCUCUGGACCCCGUUGGGACGUAAUUGCCCUCUCCCGUUUCCCUUUCACCCCCUCGCGUUCGUCCUGUUGCGUCAGUACGGUUUGCAGUUUCAUUAACGUUAGGUACAUGUCGUGAUAUUUUCGUGCUAUCACUGCUUUGUGGUUGAAGUUUUCGUUGUUAUGUUUUGACUUUUGUUGUUAAUAGUUCUGUAGUUUCUGUUGUUCUGUAAUAGUUUUGUCAGAAAAAUAAAUACUCUGUACUGUAUCUUAGGUGCUUUCUCUGAUUUUUUAUCAUUAUAAUAAUAAUAAUCAGCAUCACAACAAAACAGCUUUACAUCAAUUAAUAAUAAAGAAAAAAUAAAUCGUU